AUGGUGCAUACGGCAAGAUUCGACGAUGCUAUCAACACCAUUAAUGAGCACUUGGACGCCUACUCGAAUGCUGCAAAACUGGUCCAAGAUUCAGAACAGUUGCGAUUGAUCGUGCAAACAAUCCUUGCCCUACUCAAUCAUCUGAACGGCUCAACUAUGUCCGAAAAAGUGGUCGGCGGAUUUUGCACAAGCCAACUGGCGGAGAUAUGUUCGUCACCUAUCGCUGGCGAAUCUUCGCUUCUACAAACAAUUGCAACGUUCAUUCGCGAUCGAGCACCGCAUGCGACUGAUGUGACUGAUUUGGUAGAACCGUUGAAAAAAGCUGCUGAAGGUAAUUAUUUCGCUAUAUGGUACAGUCAAUCAUUUAUGUUGCAUUUACGGUUCCACUUACAACCUGUGAACCAAAAAUUAUAA